AUGGUCUCCAAGGAGAACCAAACAUUUGCCUGUUGGUACACAGGAUAAAAAAGACUUAAAGUAAGGAUAACGACGCUGAGGACUUGUCAAAUGACGGGGGGGUGUGUUAGGUAACAGAUUUAUACAGAUUUACAGAAUUUCUUUUUCCAGAGAUCAGGAAUUACAGAGAGUUUGGAGGAAAAAUGAAGAGGCCCGGAGCGCCAGAUUUAGGAGAUCGGUAGAGGAGGAAGUUCAGGGAGGUUUGUGGAGGAAGAGGAGUAUGGACAAAUAUAGUGGAAGUGAGGAAGAGGAGAUUUCGAUGCCGAUAUCGACAAAUCUGGCGACCAUUAGCGACUCUUCGAGACUAAAAAUGCUAACUUCCAGUGCUCUUGCAGAUGCGGAGGAAGAAGAGAGUAAGAAGAAAGUUAAAUACAGAGAAUGCCUGAAAAAUCAUGCGGCGAAUAUGGGAGGCCAUGUUACGGAUGGUUGCGGGGAGUUUAUGCCCGGCGGUGGGGAGGGCACGCCGGAAGCUUUGCGCUGCGCUGCCUGUGAUUGCCACCGGAAUUUCCACCGGCGAGAGGUUGAAGGGCAGGCAACGCCGCCCUGUUGCCACCGCGGUGCUGCGGCGGUGGCGGCUCCUGCGAAUGUUCUGACGCUGCCAUUUGCGCGGCCGCAGAUGCUCAUGGCGUUCAAUAAAGGCGGCGGAGUGGUGGAGGCGGAGGUGGAGCGCGAGGGGAGCUUUCUGUCUAGUCACGGGAAUGUUGCCGUCAGGAAACGGUUCCGGACUCGGUUCAGUCCGGAGCAGAAGGAGCGAUUGCUGGGGUUCGCGCAGAAAUUGGGGUGGAGGAUCCAGAAGCAUGACGAGGCUGCUGUGCAGAAUUUCUGUCAGGAAAUUGGCGUCAAGAGACACGUUCUCAAAGUCUGGAUGCACAACAAUAAACAUACUAUGGCGUCCAAAUCUGACAACACCGCCACCACCGACACCGCUAACAAUAAUACCAGUACCUCCACCACCACCACCACCGCCAACGCCAACGCCAUUAAUAACAACGGCAACAAUAACUUGUUCAAGUAAAUUUUUUUUUUCUUCUUCUUUCUUGCUUUGUUGACGACUACUUUCUUCUUAACCCUCAUCUGUUUCAGUUUAUUCGUUCUCGUUUGCUUUCUAACAUGUAAGAGAGUUUUACCCGCUCGCUUAGAGCGACGGAGGCGCAAUAAUUUAUGUCCAUACUUAGGAGCUGUAAUUUAAAGAAAAAAAUUUAAAUA